CGAAAUGUUUCUGGAUGUCGCGAGAGUUGCUAUAACACCGGGUCAGGGUGCCGGCAGGAGCGGGAUGGCUGACGAGCUGUCGGAGUCGAUAACCGAGAUUCUUUGGCUCAGCUAUCGCUGAGGAAAUGGCGCCCCGAGACCGACCGGUAGCUGUAUCUCCUUCCGCCAUGCGCAAGCGUGGGGCCCGAAAGCGUCUCAAGUUUCGGGCCAACGACGUCUGCUUAGAGCGCGUGACAGUGGCCGACUACGCCAACUCGGAUCCCGCUGUAGUGAAAUCUGGGCGCGUGAAGAAGGCUGUGGCCAACGCGGUGCAGCAGGAAGUAAAAUCACUUUGUGGUUUGGAAGCCUCUUGUGUACCUAGUGAUGAAAUAUUAUCAGUGGCAGAGUUUUGUGGCAGUAGUGAUGAAAUGGAUUCUAAGGACGUCACAAAUGAUAUAAUAUUAUCUAGAAAAAAGAAAAGCAAAAGGCAUAAAGAAAAUUCUGAUGGGGUAAUCGGUAAAGAAUAUCCCAUCGAUAUUUGGUUGUUGCUGGCAUCCUACAUACGUCCAGAAGAUACUGUGAAUUUUUCUCUUAUUUGUAAAAGAGCCUGGAUUGUCACUUGUACUGCUGCUUUUUGGACCAGACUUUACAGAAGGCACUACAAUAAGAAUGCAUCCCUCCCAGUCCGUUUACAGCCAGAGUCAAUAGAAAAGAUGUACUGCCUUCGUGCGUGUGUAAUUCGUUCUUUAUACCAUAUGUAUAAACCUUUUGUUUCUCGGGUAGCCAGGAAUCCAGCUAUCCCAGAGACUACUCCAAGCACUCUAGAAAAUUCAAAAUGUCUGCUUUUCUGGUCUAAAAAAGUUGAUCGACAAUCUUCACUGUGGGAAUUCAGCUUCAAAUUCCAAAGGCAGUCUCCCAAGUUCAAGAAUAACUGUUCAAAACGUCUUCAACCACCCAUCCGGUAUGAAGAUGUCCACAUGAACCCUGAUCAUGAUUGCUGUCUGUUGCAGAUCACUACCCUCAACUUUAUAUAUGUUCCUAUAGUCAUGGGCAUGACAGUUAGCUUGUUCACAAUAAAUGUGAGCACUGAUAUGAGGCAUCACAGAGUGAAAAUGGUGUUCCAUGAUUCUCCACUUUGGAGUGGCAAGAAGACCAGGUUUGACCAUGGAGUACAACUUGUAAUGGAUCCUGUGCAUGGUGUGCGCCUUUUUGAUUGGUGGCACCCACAGUUCCUCUCUUCAUACAUCUGAAGCCUCUCACAAAGCUUAUGUAAAAUGAACUGGAAAAACUUCAAGAAGCCUAAUUUUAUUUGUAGACUAUAUUCUGUAUUCUAUGCCAUUUUCAUAAAUGACCAAACUUGUUAAGCCAAGUCUCUGUAAUUGGGCACCAGUGGAGGUAAUAUUCUGUGAUAAAGAUACAUAAAUACUUAUGUAAGGCAUUUUAUCACUUUAAAAAAACCUUUAGCUAAAACUCUUCUGGUGCUAAUGAAAGUUGUCCUGUAUUCUCCUCUUAAGAGACAAGUGCAUUGCUUCUGUAUAGAAUGUAGCUAGAAACAUUAGCAGUUUGGAUACCAAUGGGAUAUGUGAGUGAAAUUGAUUUGAGAAUUUCCAGUGAUCUUUUAAAAAUAUGCUUGGGUCCUGCUGUUCUUGUUCCCUGUAAGGAAACUACCACAUUUGCAGGGUUAUUUCCUCACUACUCCUAGCAGGAAUCACUCACCCUCUGCUCUGGGCAUUAUGGUUCACAGAUGAUUUCUGUAGAAAAAAUAUGAAAUAGAACUUAAAGCUUAACCUCUUAAAAUGUGGCUCUUAACAUACUGGCUAUAAUUGUAGCUUCACUUUAGUUGUGUCUGCUGGCACAUGCUACAUUACUACUUCCCUGUGUGCUUCAGAGGUUGUAGUUGGCAAUCUUCCAGCAAUGGACAAUGAUCUUAGUUUCCAUAUUUCAGUAACUGGAGGAAUGCUUGCCACCUUGCAAGCACAUUAGAGGAUUCUUGGAGUAAUAGGGCCUAUAACAAAGCCAUUUCUGAAUUUGAUUAUCUAGUAGCCAAAAUACUAGAAAGUUCUGUAACUGGCUUGUCCAUAGGUGUCCAUGCUACAUAGCCAUAGAAAGAAGUUAAAUGGUAAAACAUAGUCACCAAACGUAGUGUUAUGGUAGACAGUUGUGUCUACCAUAUGUUAAAAGUUUUAACAUAAUGCCAUUAAUUUUAAAAGUUAUUAACUCUCUGCAAGUCUUUUCCUCUUGAGCCAUUUACCAACAGUCUGGACAGAGACUGACAAAGGAGUUUCCGUAUUUCAGUAACUGGAGGAAUGCUUGCCACCUUGCAAGCACAUUAGAGGACAAAGGAGGGGGAGGGGAGAUAAAAACUAUGUAGGAAACUGGCAGCCCUUCAUGUGGUAACCAGUGUCUCCUCCUGCUUAUGCUCCUUUACUAUUUGCAGAUAUUAUACUUUACAGGGCCCUCACUUCCUACCCAUUUAGUUACCAAACAGGUGACGCAGAUGAAAAAAUGGGUUGUAUUGCUUCUAUUAGCAAGCUGCAAAGCAACAGAUCAAGAACUGAAGGUGGGCAUGCAGAGGCGAUGGGUAUUGGCUGGAAACGCACCCAAGUGACAGCACACUAGUGGAGGAAACGAGCACAAGAAUUGUUUGAGAUUUUGAUGGGCAUCUUGCUAACAUACUGAAGGAGUGAAUAGCACUAAGACAAUAGAGACCAGCAUGUACCUGAGACACUAUGUAAAUGAAGGAACCAAAGCACAGGCUAAGGAAAUAAAAUGUGCUAUGGGAGCCAGCUAGAAAGGGAAGCUGGAAUUGGCACUAUCCCACUCAGCUACAGCCCAUCUUGAGAGUCAUAUUUCCAUAUAUACCCAUAGCAAUCUUGGUAUUGUUUUAUUUAUUUAUUGAAAGAAUUUAUACCCUAUUCAACCAGAAAAGCUAUCAGAGCGGUGUACAAAUUAACAAAAAUAUCAUUUGUAUAUAAACCUACUUCAAAUACUGUUCAAACUAUUUUGACAAACAUUAAAUACAAACCUCACAGGAUACAGUUUGAAGUGUAACUAAUGUGUUUGGCACAAAAUGUUCUUGCAUUUGUUUCAUGGAAAGGGUUUCUCUUUACCGUGGUUUUGACUUCCACAACUUGCAUUUUCAAGGAUUUACAGAUGUCUUUUCUCACGUUCAAUAUUUCUGUUUCAGUUUUGGGUGGUAUUCAACAAAAUGGUUGUGCAGGGGUUACCACUAGUGCAAUGGGAUUUCUCUCCCUUCCCUGCACCUUCUCUGGAAAUCCCAGAAUAUGUGUAGGGGGAUCGGCAGAGAAGUGGGGAACGUAUUGUUGCACAUGGAGAAAUUCUUGCACUAAUUGAAUGUUUACCUUGGCACUAAAUUCAAUACAACUCUGUCUAAUUACCACCUUAGUAUUGGGGGGCUUUCUGCUUGGUCUGUAAUUCUUUUAUAUUAGGAUGAUUAGUCUGUUU